AUGGAACUGUUGUUGUAUCGUACCGUAAAGGUAGCGCUGAAGCACGGAAUGUCCUCAGAGCAUCGCUGGGAUAUAUCGGUAUCGGGUUUCGUUGCGGAAGCACUUGGACCAGUGAAAUAUAUUGGUGUUCCAUUUGGCAGCCAUAUCGCUUAUUUCCUGUUCUGGCUAAAUAUUUGUUUAUCACUUCUAACGUUAAUUAAUUUGGCUGUUAUAUUUGGCGCUCAGCAUCGAGCUCUUACUAGAACAACGCCAAUAAGUAGCUUGAAGUGGAUUCGUGUUUUUCUCAUCUCUACAUAUAUCUUUGUUCUUCUACAAGCGGUACGAUUAUUUUUUCUUUGCCAACAUAAAGAAUAA